CCACACGGAUUCACGCCACCGCAAUCCGGAGUCACUACAAUGGUGGCAUCAGAUGACGAAUAUGUUGCCGAUGGCAUGUCGGAUGAGGAGCAGGUUGACCAUAAUUUAUCAGACGAUGACGAAGAGCAACCGACCGCACGAACCAAAGGCUCCCGUUCACGAAAGCAAAAGGACCGUAAUGCGGCCAAGGCCUGGGAACAGUCGAAGCGAACAUGGGAAACGAACUUGCCUGAAGAAGAUCAAGAUGGUGUGCUAAAUUUAACGACGCUAGAAGCCGAAAAGCGACGGCGGCUGAUGCGCGACACGACCCCGUUGCAAAGAGGCAUCAUCAGACACUUGAUCUUGGUCGUGGACAUGUCAUUUGCCAUGACGGAAAAGGAUAUGCUGCCGACAAGAUAUAGACUAACGCUGAGCUAUGCGGCAGCUUUUGUCAAAGAAUACUUUGAACAAAACCCAAUCUCUCAGCUUGGUAUUGUUGGAAUGCGUGACGGCGUCGCUGUGCGCAUCAGCGACCUGGGUGGAAAUCCCACCGAACACCUAGAGAGACUUAAGGACCUAGAAGGGCAGGACCCAUCUGGAAAUCCUAGUCUUCAGAAUGCACUGGAGAUGUGCCGUGGCGCGUUGUUUUACGCACCCUCGCAUGGCACUCGAGAAGUGCUGAUAAUAUACGGAGCUCUACUAUCCAGUGAUCCCGGCGAUAUUCACGAGACGAUUCUAAAUCUUAUUGGCGAUCGAAUACGAGUUACAAUUGUCGGGCUUUCCGCCCAAGUUGCUAUUUGUGCAGAGCUGUGCUCGAGAACGAACGACGGCGACGCUACAAAAUACAAUAUCGCGAUCGAUGAGGUUCAUUUCAGAGAACUUUUAUUAUCUGCUACAACCCCUCCGGUAACCCUCACGAACGAGCAAAGCAAAGCUAGCUUGUUGAUGAUGGGAUUCCCAUCUCGAACGCUGGCUCCAGGCGGCGCAAUGAGCUACUGUGCUUGUCAUAAUAAGCCAAGCCGCGAAGGCUAUCUAUGCACACGCUGCGGUACCAAAGUCUGCAGACUACCGGCGGAGUGCCCGUCGUGUAGCUUAACUUUGAUUCUCUCGACACAUUUGGCAAGAUCAUAUCAUCACCUCUUCCCGCUGCGGAACUGGGUGGAAGUAUCAUGGGCUGAUGCUGCAAAGUCCACCGCCUGCUUUUCAUGCCAAUGUCCCUUUCCAGAGAAUACGAAGUCGAAAACAUCACCAGAAAAGGCGACGGCUGCGGCUUCGCGUACAUCAGCAAAAGGAGUUAGCGAGAGCUCUCGAUAUGCUUGUGAAGUGUGCCACAACCACUUCUGCAUUGAUUGCGAUGUGUUUGCUCAUGAAGUUAUACACAACUGCCCAGGAUGUCAAAGCAGGUUGGUGCCUGAGCCACCACAGGCACACGAAUUGAACGGCCAUACCAAUGGCAACGGAGCGAUGGUAAUCGAUGGAUAGAUGGAAAAGACUAUGAAUAACUGUAUAUAAAAUAGAUGCGAAUAGCAAGCAUGAAGUGGCGUUGAAGAGGUUAGGUAGACAAAAUACCUUGGUUGGGGGUGUAUAUUUUAGCGAUGCAGUUGGUUUGGUUAAAUACUAGUCUUGGAUGACUGAAUCCGUUUAAACAAGAUCACAAAAAUUGGGCCAAUUCUAUUUUUUCUUUUCAAAUUUCUUUUUAAACUAAUUGUAGUUUAUGUGUAGAAUAUUCUUGUUUAACUAGCACAAGAAAUUCAAGAAUGACUACUAGAGAUUGCGCAAGGAGACGGGACCUCUUCGCCUCUUGCUUGUAAUUUUGCUGAACUCAUAAAACCUGCAGAGAUGAUGAUACAGUGCAUCUGCUGCUUAAAUGCAUGUUACCCAUAACAUAGCCCGUAAUUGAAAUGUAGGCUGUUUAACAAAGGAAAUAAAAGAAGACAUCUUUGGGUUGAACUGAAGCCAAAGAUGGGAUAGUAGACGAGAGGAGUUUGAAAAAGGUAUAAAAGGCGAACCAUUUAAAGGUUGCCACGCUCAGCCUGCUCACGCUCGAUGGCCUCGAACAAGCUCUUGAAGUUACCGGCACCGAAUCCCUCGAAUUCGUUGCGCUGGAUAAUCUCAAUGAAGACGGUGGGACGGUCCAUGAGAGGCUUGGUGAAGAGCUGGAGGAGGUAACCAGCCUCAUCGUAGUCAAUGAGGAUGUUGAGGCGCUCGAUGGUGUCUAGGUCUUCCUUGAGCUCCCAGUUGCGCUUCUCGGUCUUGAGACGCUGGCGGAUGGUGUCGUAGUAUGUUGUGGGAACGUUGAUGAAUUCGACACCACGUGCGCGGAGGGCUGUGACGGAAGUGAUGAUAUCGGAAGUAAGUAGAGCAAUGUGCUGAACACCAGCACCAGAGUUGAAGAGAACGUAUUCCUCAAUCUGGGACUUCUUCUUGCCAGGGGCGGGCUCGUUGAUGGGCAUCUUGACCAAGUUGUUGGGGGAAGCCAUGACAAUAGAGCUAAGAGCGGAGAACUCGGUGGAGAUCUGGUUGUCAUCAACAGACCAGAAGCGGUGGAAGUCAAGGCAUCUCUCGUAGAAAGAGCAGGCGUUGUUCAUCUCGUUCCAGUCCUGGUUACCGACGCAGUGGUCGAUGCGUCUAAGAGGGACGGUGGGUCUGACGAUCUGGGAGGUAGACUCCUUGCCAGCGCGGAAGCCGGGGAGGAAGGGCCCGUUGUAGUUGUGACGGUUAAUAAGAGUGUGGGUGGUAUCACCGUAUGUGCAGAUAACAGCGGUCUCGACGGAGCCAAACUCCUCGUCGUGGAAGGUCUGGGGGCCCUGGACGGCAACGGCGCCACCGUCCUGGACAGCCUUGUUGUAGACGCCCUGAACGUUGUCAACCUCGAAGGCGACGUCCUUGACAGCAUCACCGUGGCGCUCAAGGUGAGCGUGCAUGGUCAUGAGCAGCUUCUUAUCUUCGGGAGAAAUGGUCUCAUCCUCGGGGAGGUGGACGGCGGAUCGGAGGGGAGAGGUGAAGACGAAGCGGACAUCGUUGUUGGCAAUAACGUAAGAGGCAAAGUAGCGGCUGCCUGUCUCCAGGCCACGGUAAGCGAUGACCUUGAAGUCGAAGAGCUGAGUGUAGUAAGAAGCGGCCUGUUUGGCGUUGCCAACCCACCACGUGACGUGGUCGUAGCCGGUGAAGUUGCCAGCAGGCUGGAUGGCGAAAGUGCCGUCAACCUGGGUGGUGGUGGCGGUACGGUUUUGAACGGCAUCAGCGGGAUGCUGGAGGGGUGAGACGGCGGCGGGAGCCAUGGUGUGUGUAUAUGUGUAUAAGGGUGGUUUGGGCGGAUAAUAGGGAGAAGCGUCAAGAGAUUGCAGACUGUCAAGCAAGAGUGCAAUCUGAACUGUUGAACUUGAAGAAGAUGCGUUGCUUCGUCAAGGAUGUUAUGUUAUGAAGGGGAAGGGAAACAAAGGAAUGAGGCUUGGGGUGUGUCUGGGAUGGCCCAAGUAUAUAUGUGUGGUGGUGGUGUGGUGGGCGGCUCUCCCUUUCGGGUUAAAAAAACAAAGCGAGCAAGAACUGCCAAAAGCGGCUCGAGAAGGAGAGGAUUUUCCUUGCUGAUUUUGCUGUGACGCUGCGAGUUACAAGAAAAACCUGUCAGACGAUACCUAUUACUAGACAUUAAUGGGUAGGUAGCAUGGAAGCCGAGCCCCCGGAAAUGCGCCGCGCUACCAAAUGGCGGGCCGAUGGGUGCAAUGCGGCGGUUGCG